CAUAGCGCUUUACAACUGCGGACAAAAACAAAAUCCGAUUUUGUGAAAUGUAGAGAAUAAAAAAGUUAUUAUGAUUGGGGAAAAAUCUCGUAUUGAAAGAAUAAUUGACCAGAUAAAUUCGAAAAAUGCUAAAAAAGUAGCAUUAAUUUUGGUAUUUGGAUUUGCCUGCUAUCACUCCAUACUUCAUAUCAGAUAUGGAACAAAUUCUUGUAAGUGGUUAUUGUCUGAUGGACGAUAUAAAGCAGAUCAAGAAUGGCAACCCUAUGGCUGUAUGUUACAUUUAUACAGUAAAAUAGAUACCAGAAAAUGUUUGAGAUAUAUAGCCUAUUACGGCUCGGAGACUUAUUUUGUAUUUAUUGGAGAUACUCGAAUAAGGGAGUUAUACAUGGGAUUUGUAGAACACUUGAUUCAAGAUGAAGAAAUUAGCCAAAAAGCUCAGGGUCUUUAUAUGAAUCUUUCACAUGUGGACAACAAAUUAAAGAUUAAAGUUGAUUUUAUCUGGGCUCCUCUAAUAUCAUCAUUAAUGGUUGAAACUUUUAGGGAAUGGCAAGACGCUGUCGAUCCCCCUUCCGUGAUCAUAGCAGGAUCGGCUUUAUGGCCUAUAAUAAUAUCAAAUGGAUCACUUUCUGUGCUUCAAGAAUAUCAGAAGAACUUAACGAGACUUGUUCAACCUAUAGACCGGCUACAUGAGAAAAAAACGAGGGUACUAUGGGCUUUACAAGAACCUGUUAAAGAAGAUAAACUGACAAAUGAUUAUCAUAUGGUGACUAAUGAACAGAUUGACAUGUAUAAUAAACAAGCAAUUGAGCUACUAUCUCAUUCGGCAGCAAACCUAUGGUGGAGCGUAAGACUGGUAGGUCAGGGAAUUAUAUCGGAGAGCCCAGAUGGGAUUCAAUUAGCCAAAAAGGCACUCAGACACGAUACUCAAAUACUAUUAAAUAUGUACUGUAACGAUUACAUGAACUUCAAUGACGGAACUUGUUGCAGUUCUGUCGAGGCCAGGACCACCCUGCAAAUUGUUACGUUUGCGAUAUUGGCAGUAUGUGUGAUAAUAGCUGUUUGUAUGGUUCUGCGGAGGCUUAUAUUGAAAUGUCGUGGGAAGCCCUUCCACGAGUAUCAGAGACUUCCGGAGAAUGAACAGCAGCCAUUACCACCAACUAGCAACUACUACACCCUUUUCACUGCCAUAUCCAGAAUGGCUAUAAUAAUGACGUACUUUUUCAUUUGCGAUCGGACCAGCUUCUUCAUGAAAGAGAACAAAUACUACUCGGAGUUUAGCUUUUGGCUGCCGAUCGGCUACGUAACAGUUUUGGGAUUAUUUUUCACUGAAGACAGCAAGUUUACGAAGGUCCUUCACAGGGAUCAGUUGAACGAGUGGAAGGGUUGGAUGCAGCUGGUAAUUUUGGUGUACCACGUUACGGGUGCUAACAGGAUUCUGGUGAUAAAUAUGCACAUCAAAGUGUUAAUUUCUUCGUAUCUGUUUCUGUUAGGUUACGAGCAGUUUUACUACGUGUGGCAGAGGAGUGACAUAAGCAUCGUUAGUUUUUUCAGAAAUCUCUUUCAGCUUAACUAUAUGACCGUCACAUUGUGUCUUUGCAUGAAUCGACCGUAUCAGUUCUAUUAUUUCGGGCCUUUGUUGUCGUUUUGGUACCUGAUGAUUUACUCCUUCCUGGCGUUUCCGCCUCACAUCACCGCACAAAGUUCGGAGAAUAACGUGAUGCAGUACUUCUACCUGCUGAUUAAAUUUGUCUGCCUCUUCAGCGUUAUAACCAUACUUUUUAUGUCCGAAGUGUUUUUCGAGAAAGUCUUUGUAACUCGCCCUUGGAAAGCUUUGUUUGUGACCACCGACGAUGACAUACAUGAGUGGUGGUCUCGUUGGAAGUUAGAUAGGUAUUCUGCGUUGUACGGGAUGUGUUUCAGCGUCAUCAUGAUUUUGGCCCAGAGGUAUAAUAUGUUCGAUGACAACAACCAUUCCAAUCUACUGUCGAGAGGUUUAGCCGUAAGUUCGACAUUGGGAGCCAUUAUAGGGCUUGGGAGUUACGUAACGUUUACGUUCCUGUGUCACAAUGAACUGGAAUGUAGCGAAAUUCAUUCCUACAUUGUAUUUAUUCCCAUAGUUAGUUACGUGUUUCUAAGAAACAUAUCAGGGGUGCUCCGCACCCGGUAUUCUAGCUUAUUCGCGUGGUUCGGGGAGAUCUCCCUUGAGUUGUUUGUGAGUCAGUAUCACAUCUGGUUGGCAGCCGAUACUCAUGGGGUGCUGGUGUUAGUUCCCGGAUAUCCUGUGCUGAACGUAAUUAUCACUUCCUUCAUUUUCGUGUGUGCGUCCCAUGAGGUCCACAGAUUAACCAAAGUAUUACUCCCUUUUGCUGUUCCGAAUGACUGGAAACUCGUUUUAAGAAAUUUUAUUUUGUUCCUAGCUAUAUUAGUACCCAUCGGAAUAAAUGAUGGUAUGUUUUAAGUCCUAUUGCAGACGCAUUAUUUAUUGUUAGUUUAAAUAAAAUUGAU